AUGUCUAAAGACAACCAAGCCAACAUUCAGCAUGUGGAGUCAUCCGAGUUGAAUACCAUUCCCGACCCCAAGGCACAUGCUCUCGAAUAUGACGCUGCUUACAAGAAGCGUCUGACUCGGAAAAUCGACAUGCACCUUAUGCCGCUGUGCGCUUUCAUCUAUCUUCUCAACUAUCUGGACAGGUCCAACAUUGGCAACGGCAAGAUUCUCAACCAGGAAACGGGCGAUUCGUUUCUCCAGAAGACACACAUGACUACCGCAGACUAUUCACUGGUCCUCACCAUCUUUGGUAUCGCCUACUCUGUCUUUGAUGUUCCUUCCAAUUUCAUCAUGAAGCGAUAUGUCAAGCCUUCGCAUUGGCUUGGGUUUUUGAUGUUAUGCUGGGGCGUUCUCACUCUAGCCUUUGGCUUUGUCAAGAAUUUGAGCACUGUUAUUGGGUUGCGCUUUCUCAUCGGAGUUGUUGAGGCAGGCUUUUUCCCAGGUAUUGUAUACCUUAUCACCUUUUGGUACACACAAGAACAGCGAUCACUCCGCAUUGCUUUCGUUCUUGCCUCCGCAUCUCUUGCAGGGGCUUUUGGAGGGUUCAUUGGGUACGGUGUCGGCUUCAUGAAUCGUUAUGCCGGCCUCGAGGGGUUCCGCUGGCUUUUCAUCAUCGAGGGUCUCAUCACCAUUGUCUGUGUUCCUCUCGUGAUUUUCGGCUUGCCAGACUGGCCGGCAGUGGCUAAGUGGUUGAGCGAUGACGAAAAGGCAUGUAUUACGGCUCAACUUGAAGCACAAUCUAGCGGCUUCACGAGAGAACGUGCCAGUCGACGAGAGGUUUUCGAGACAUGCUUCACUCCUCGUAUGGUUGCUCAUUAUUUUGCCUAUCUUUCAAAUACAAUUGUUCUCAACUCGUUGGCAUACUUCACUCCCACCAUUGUCGCACGUCUCGGGUACAAGUCGAUUACUGCACAACUCAUGACUGUCCCUCCCUGGGUUGUUGGCUACGUCGUUUCCCUGGGUCUGGCAUAUUCUGCUGAUCGCUUCAACGCGCGCGGGAUCCACGUUGCGUGCGCGACUUUCUUGAGCGGCGCCGGUUUCCUGGCCUGCUGCCUGCUCCCAGCCGAUGCCUACGCGCAACGCUAUAGCUGCCUCUACCUCAUCGCCUGCGGGGCCUUCCCCAGCGCUUCUCCCAUGGUCGGCUGGGUUACAUGCAAUGUUCCAAGCCAAAGGACCAUGGGUCUCGCUGCGGCCAUGAACAACGCAACGGUGGGCAUUGCAUCAAUUAUCUCGGUCUGGAUCUGGCCUGCGUCUGACGCUGCCAAGAAUUAUCCAACGGGCAACAUCGUGUGUGCGACGGCCAGCUUCAUCACUACGGCUAUUGUGAUUGGAUUACGUGUUCAUUAUGGCAGGUCGAACAAGAAGGGCGCACUCGAUGCUGCUGGGGUUCAGCGAGUCUGGGCUUAUUAA